GGCCGGCGGAUCUUCGCCCCUGGUAUUUUCCUUUAGAAACUAACACCGUAGGUAAACAUUCCUGUAGCUUUUUGUAGCACCGUGACAGUGGAUGUGGUUUAUUGUGCCCGCUUGGUGUCUCCAUUUUUUCCUCGACGACAAUAGCACUUGCGUGCCGUUAAUGUGUAUUUUGCCCUCAGACAAUUUGCAUCGAAGAAAUUAUCGGUCGGUCUCUUGAAUAAUCUCGUGUGUGAAUUUGGUUCAAGUGGGGGAGUAAACAUACAGCUGACUGUACGUUGAUACUCAUCACUUCGGUUUGGGAGGCUUUGCAGAGAUUUUUCGAGGCUGUAUCUUCCAUAAGAAUCUCAAGCACUCAAGAGCCUGAAUCGACUUAGCAAAGAGGGUGAAGGAUUUGCUAAUGAGGAUGGAGCUUCAACGCACCCCACCUUGGCCUUAAUGAGGCGCAUCCUCGCAGAUGCUCAGGCAAAACUUCGCGUGAUGGUGGAGGAGAACGCAGCGACGGGUGCCCGUCUGGAUACUGAACUGGAGCGUGCCAGGGGCGAGUGUGCUUCUCUACGUGGUGAAUUACGUGAGGUACGAGGUGCUCUGGUAACAAACAACAAUCACGCGACCAAUGGCAACGUGUCAAAUUCUAAUAACAACGAGAGUAGUACGAGUAGCGAAACUACAAGCGCAACUAGUGGUGCGUCCAACAAUUUGUCGGCACCAAUGAGUAGCCAGGAGGUGAGGAGUGAGUCGCCAGCCCUCAACCCUCAAGAGGAGACUAAGCGGCUGAGCGCUUCCAGUAGCCCGGUUGACAAGAGGAGCUCGGCUAGCGAAAAAUCAGUCAGCCCCAUUGAUAAGGGGAAUUGUGGAAAUAGUCCCGGUGAUAAGAAGGAUCGAGCUAGUCCCAUUGAUCGCAGUAGAACGAGUCCGUCUAUUGAAAAACGAAAUGGUUCACCGAACCGAAGUCCCAGUGAAAAAAGAAGACCAUGGACUGCAGUAGACAAAACACGGGUAGGCUCUGGCGGUAGUGUUGACUCGAGAUCGGGCAGCGCCAGUCCAGAUCGUAAUCGCAGUGGAUUAUUCCAACGCAGUGGUAGUGAACGAUUGAGCGGUGAGAGACUGCGUAUAACGACAAAUCGUGAGUCAAUACGCAACAAGGAGACCAAUGAACUCGAGAGUAAGGAUGGCAAGGACAUAAUCGAUGGAGACGGAAGAGCCGACGAGGACAAUGAGCCACCAGCCCCAGCACCCGGAAGCCGACCCACAUCUCCAAGCAAUCCCCUCGGACUUUCCGAUUCAGUGGUAUCUGGCAGAUUAUCGGCUCUCCAUGGAGGGCCACCGGUAGAAUUGGCGAGCGCUCGUCGAUUGCGUCUUGAGAAUGAGCGUCUGGUGGCGGAAGUUGCGAGACUCCGUCGAUUGCUGCUAAGCGGCGCAGCAAGGGGCGAGGUUGGUGGUGAGGAUGCAGCCAUUGAGGAGGAAGCUCGCUUCGUUGCCCUGGAAAUGGAGCUACAGCAUUCGCGUGAGGUCAUACAGGCCCUCAAGACCGAUCGCAAACGCCUCAAAGCUGAGAAAUUCGAUCUACUCAAUCAAAUGAAAGCUCUCUAUAGUACACUGGAAGAUAAAGAACGAGAACUGAGGGAUUUUAUACGAAAUUAUGAACAGCGGAUGAGGGAAAACGAGGCGACUCUCGGUCGUCUUCAGCAACAAGGCGCUGGAUUGCCCACGGAGGAGAGAGAGAGGGAGCGCGAGAGGGAACGCUGGAGUUUGCUGAGAGCUGCCCGGGAUGAAGCUGACAGGAGCCUCAGCUUAGCAGCAAGUUUGGCGGAUAAGGAGGCUGCUUUAUCUCAUGCACAUGCUACUAUAAAAGAGCUCCAACGACAAUUAGGCGACCGGGGUGGAACCAGUGGUGUAUGUCUCAGUGAUCAAGAGUCCCUCAUAUCAUUUCCACGCGGCAGUGUAAAUGGUACAGCAACACCCGGGGCAUGUAGUACCAGUGGCAUCGGAGGAUGUGGACCAAUGCUGUUACCACACUUGGGUGCACAACCCCCUCUGGGUGUCACUGAUCUUUGCGUUGGUGUCGGCGGAAGUGGAGCGAGUGGAACUGGUCAAGCCGGUGAUCGUGGUAGCUGUAGUGCUGAUUCCGGUGUACGGGGCUCAAGUGACAGGGAGAGCGGUGGAGCAACCAGUGUGGGAGGAAAUUUGUCAGACUCAACAACUGAUGGGACACCAACAAUUACUGUCGAGGGAAGUGGCCUCGACAUGGACAGCAUCUCAGUGGUAUCCUCCGUAGCUCCAUCACACAUGUAUCAAUCAGCAACGACACCUAAGGACUGCAGCCCGACGCUCUCACCUUUGAACGCAUUUUCGAGAUCGAUGGAUACGUCAUCGAUGUCGCGCUCAGUGGAGCAACUAUCAAGUCCAAUGGACUCGGAGCCGAGGAGAAAUAAAGCACCACCUGUCCCAGCGCCUGUCGCCCACGCACGGUCUUCGGCAACGAGGGGUGGUCCGUGGGGAUCGAUUUCAAGGGUUUUUGCUCGCUCCCGCCAUCGAAAAGCACUCAACAGCUCUAUAAGUGGGAGCACAGGGACUGAGGCAUCAGAUGCAUUCGAUCCGUAUCGAUCGUGGUCACCACUUACUGAGGAGGGUUACGCUGAGAAAUUAAGAUUAUUGCGGGAGGCAGUGACGAUACCCAUGGAAAGAUGGCGAGCUCCUACUGUUCUUGCUUGGCUCGAGGUUGCCCUGGGGAUGCCACAGUAUGGGCCCAGGUGUGCAGAGAAUAUCAAAUCAGGAAAGGUUCUGUUAGAAUUGAAUGACGCUGAACUUGAGGCGGGUUUGGGAAUAACUCAUCCCCUCCAUCGCAAAAAGCUUCGCCUCGCAAUUGAGGAGCAUCGACAUCCGAGCCUGGUCCGUUAUCCCUGUAUCGCUCAACUAGGUCAUACCUGGGUCAGCUCUGAGUGGUUACCUGAUCUCGGCCUUGCCCAGUACUCAGAAAGCUUCGCUACCAAUCUGGUUGACGCCAGAAUGCUCGACCAUAUCGUUAAAAAAGAGUUGGAGAAACUUUUGGGCGUUACGAGAAAGUUUCAUCAAGCCAGUAUUAUGCAUGGCAUUAAUUUAUUGAGGAUGCUCAAGUAUGACAGGCAAGCGUUGGCUGUUAGGCGCCAUCAGAGUGAACAGGUGGAUGAAGAUCCUUUGGUUUGGACGAAUCAUCGGUUCAUUAGGUGGGCGAGGAAUAUUGACCUAGGAGAAUAUGCUGACAAUCUCAAAGAUUCUGGUGUUCACGGUGCCCUAGUAGUCCUAGAACCUUCAUUCACCGGCGAUACUAUGGCAACAGCACUAGGAAUACCUCCCGCUAAACACAUGAUACGUCGACAUUUAACUGCCGAACUGGAGGCCCUUGUAUUACCAGCCAGAAGCCAGCUGGAAGUCAUCCCGAGGAAUCAUGUUGGUAGACCGAUGAGUACAGUGAGCGCCGGUGGGAGUCUAGGACGAGGCAGUCGCGCUCUGCACCUUCAGCACCACCAGAGUUCACUCUCGGCCCUUCACAUGGCAACCAACAGCGCCAGUACCAUUGACAGACGGCGCUCGAGCCUCAGGGGUUCACUGAGUCGAGCCUUGGGUCUUCGUCCCCGCAGCGAAAAAGCUUCACCCUCAUCAUCAUCAGACACAGGAUCUCUCGUCAGUCAAUGUCAAUACAUGAGCAGUAUUCGCAGUAACUCACCCCCACCUCCGCAAUUGCCGCCACGUCCUUCAGCAAAUGGAACAGGAAAACGUCACCGUCGGGUGAAAAGCAUUGGUGACAUUGAGUACAUAACGAAUGCACCAGUAAGUACACCAUAUGGAUCGUACUCUGGAUAUAGCAAUGUACUUUCGUCGGAUUACUACUACCAGUCACCAGGGAACAAUUAUUAUCAAUUACAAGGUGGUUACUAUUCACCACAGAGCUCGGGACCACGAUUUCCCGGGGUGCAGAGAUACGGGAGCUUGGCUGAAGAAUCUUGGACGUCUUCAGCUAAAGAUGAAACAGUCAGUAACUCCUCAAGAACAUAUUUGACUUGAAUUUCAUCUCACCCAAAUGGAGUCUUCCCAACUUACCAACAAUCUAGACGUCUUCGUGGCUUUAACGGAGAAUUCCUAAAUAUCAGAAAUAUGCUGGAAAUUUUACUUAAGUUACAAAAUUUAAAUUUUGUUACCGUGAUCGUGAUGUGCAUUCAAAGCAUUCCAUUCUUUUGCUAAUGAAUAUCUUUAAUUGGCCGUUUUCACAAAUCAAUUUUCCAAAGAGACAAAAAAUUAAGGAUUUUAUUUCUACGAGCUAUUUUCAAGUAUCGACUUUUACGAAAAAUCACAGUAUAAAAUAGCAAGAAGUAUUUAAGGCCCGGUUGCAUUGUCUGCCGAACUUUAUCUAGAGUACUUUUUUUGUUCAAUUUUUAUCUCUAAAUUUCAACUCGAUGCGCCGUCAACCCCGGAAAUUGUGAAUUUACAUUGAAAAAAAAGUAGAAAAAAUUCUGAACAUUUUGAAAAAGCGUUUUUAAUUAAUAUUGAGGAAUGACCUCCAUAGAGGAGAUAUGGACUUCAUUCCUCAAUAUUGAUUAAAAAUGCUCUUUCAAAACGCUCAGAAUUUUCUUCACUCUUUUUCAAAUCUAAAUUCAGAAUUUUCGGGUAUCUCUGAGUGAAAAUUAAUUUAGAUAAUGUUCGGCAGAUAAUGGAGCCGGGCCUUAAUUGAAUAUUUCUAUUAUCAAUCGAUUGAAAAUGAUUGAACACCGGUAUAAAAAAGCUCGAGAUAUUUUUACUUUGGAUUUUUCCGAACGAACCAUAAUCUUCACAGCACCCGCAAACGAAAACGAAACUAAUUUUAUUCUCAUUUUUUAACCCUAAACGAACCUUUCAAAAAUACAUUCAGUGCCUGUUUCUGCGCUUUCUCAUCCACCUAAUGUAUUCUGCAUCCAUUAAAAUUAAAAUUCAUUCCAUCGAAUUUAUGGCGGAAAUUAUAAAUUAAAUUGUAAAUUAAAUUUUUUAUAAAGUUCCUCGAUAUUGAAUUUAUGAUUGGGACAUAAUCAUCUGCAUGACAGAAAGACUGUCAUUUGGUUACAAUUUUAUCAUAAUUAUCUGAGCACGAUAAUAAUGUUUCCAUAAAUUUGCACGAGAUCUUCAAAAUCCUUGGUAAUGAUAAUUUUAUAUAUAAAUUCAAAAUGAUAUUUAAUCUGAUAUUUAUUCUUAGUUCUAUCUAUUGAUAAUUAAAUUUGAAAUUCCUGCGGAACUGAAAACACAUUUACCAUAAUAAACGUUGGAGAUAUAGCCGGAAUGCCAAAUUAUAACGCAAAAAGGUAUUGUCGUCGUUUUCCAAAGUUAAAACGUUGAUUUAAUACAAGAUUUAUUUUUUCUGUAAAUUAUUGAAUUUGAUAAACAAUUCAAUUGAAGUGAUGUAAUUGGAUUACAGAAUCAGAAACCAAAAGGGUUGUAUUGGAUUUUUAAAGAAAAUGAAUAAACAACAUCUGAAUGCUUGUGCGAUGAAUAUAAACAAGGAUAUCAGCUUUUGGAGCGUCCACCUCUGUUUGCAGUAUAUGUACAACUGGAAAUUAAUCAUAAAUAACAAUAAAAAAGAAACAUUGUAAAUGUACUCAAUGCAGGAUAUAUAUGUAUAUAUUUGUGUGAGCUGUAAUGAUAUUUAAAGAAAAUUUGAGAAUAAAUUAUAAUUGCCUUAAA